CUUUGAUAGUACGCGCAAAGCAGAUGCGCAAACAAACUGCAGCUUUGUAUGGGUAAAAAACUUGCCUUUUUCGUGAUAUUGCGAUGAUUAUUGUAAGCAAACAAGCCGUCACGUGGAUAGAAACAAUCAUCUUGGCAGUAAUUGUGAUCACAUCUUGGGUUUAUGUCAUUGCUGCAGGCAGGUUUGCAUCUCUGAAGUUUAUACCUGCAUCACAGUGAGAAUUACCAGAGAGAAAGAAGCCUUGAAAGACAAGUGAUUUAUGUGAGAUCUCCAGAAAUUUUUUAAUUCACCAAUCAUUUAAAAAUUAACAGAGACUUAGCAGUUCGCUAUCACUUGUGAAGUAAUGAAAUGCCCUGUUGGCCCUUCAAGAAGGUUCCAAUGGAUGCAAGAUGGAGGUGAUAGAUGAGAAUGCUUCUAUGCUAAGCAACUUUGAGAUUUACACUCUGUUAAAAGAUAUUCAGCAAGGACAACACGGGCAGAAAAAACCAAGCAAACAGCAGCAGCAGCUUUCCACCAUUUCCUAUGAAACAAUCAAAUACUUAGAGAAAACACCCUGCAAGCAUCAAAGCUCAGAAAUUAUUGCUGACUUUAUCAAGGCAUUGGAGCCCUUCAAGCUGAGUAAAGCUGAAAAGAUACAGCUGCUAAACCAAAGACCCUCCACUGCUGUAGAAAUCCAGUUACUGAUCGAGGAAAGUGAAGAGAGACUGACAGAAGAACAGAUUGAACAGCUUUUGGAUUUGAUUCUCAAUACACUCCCAGGAGACGAGACAGCUGAAGAUUGUAGCGGGAACGAACCAAUGGAAGAGCAGUCUUGAUGACCACAGAGAUUAGUUAAAAAGGACACAAAGUAAAUAAUACAGAGACCUGUGAAGUAGUCUGACUGAUUCUGUUAGGAGAGACUGAGUUGAGACAACAACAAUCAUUAUUGCGUUGAGUAAUAAUACUCCCAGACCAUAGCAUAGACCACUGAUCUCAAGUGAAGACAGUCAUUAUUGAAGCUAAGGAUAAUUCCCACUUUUUGAUAUCCAGCUAACUUUAUCAGGUGAUCCAAGCACACAUUCCACGGUGUAAACUGUGCACAAACCUCUAGACUUUUCAUUACAUUGUAUAGCCACAGCCAGCAUAAUGUUGGAGUUGGACCUAGAGUCCCAGCUUGUGUACUAUGUCAUUGUGAUCCCUAUUACUGUCAUCAUUGUGGCCUUGUAUUCCUACAUGGCCUGGUUUGGCAGGCAAAUGUAUGCUAGUAAUGGGUAGUGGACAGGCCAAGGAAAUAGGACAAGGGUUAAGUAAGGCAAAGUCAAUUGAUGUGAAGAUAACAUCUCGCAAGUCAUUUGGUGUGGGUUUCACGAAAAAACUUCUAUUAAGAUAAAUUGGUCUAAGUUUUUAAACCAGAAAUCUAGUCUAGUUGAAGAUAAAUCCAGAGCAAUCCACUUAAAUAGUUUUUGUGUGAAACAUUGUCCCUCUUGUUUUGAAAUUGGGUGCAGUAUUUCAUAUUACUACUGAUUUUUCUUGGGUCACGGUGGUUUAAAUUUUGGUUUCAAGAGUUUGGAACAAUUUUCGGGCUCAAGUAAUUUUGUGGAAUGCCCUUGAUUUAUAGUCAUUGUAAGUUGAAUCUUUUUAUCUUUGAAAAAUUUUAAGAUGGUGGUUUUUGAGUGAAUCUUGUAUUCAGUACAAUGAAGAGCGUUGUGUCCUGUCCAAUGAGUCCUAAUCAUCUUUUACCUUUUUAUAUAUGCACUGAAUAGUAAUAAGUAUGAAAUAAGUUUUCAAAGAAGAAAACCUAUUCUUUACUUUAUUCUAGUGAGACAUGUUGCCCAGGUUAAUGCAUUUCAGUUUGCAAGAAAAAGAAGUUCAAGAUACGUUACACCAGCACCAAAGCACAAAAGUCUAACAGUACUGCAUCUCGUGAAAAAAAGACAUUAAAUGAUGUUACCACAUUAAUAACAACACCUGCCAGAUCGACCGACUAAAGGUGCUUUUUUUUCUUUUGGUAAACUAUGGAAGAUAGCCAGGAAUGAGUCAUUGUAAGACAUAGUAGUUCCACCUGAACAUGUUUAAUGUAUUUUUGCCUAUGGCUUGUAGAGAGUUCGUCACCAACCACUCGCUCGCUACUAUGUAUCAUUCUACACAUGUCUCUAUAGUUAGACGUUAUUACUUCAAAUCCAGAUUUUCUUUUUGUUAAUAUAUGAUAUUUAUCUAUUUACUUUUGAUGGUUAGAUGGCCCUAUAAGAUGGCCUAACGUGCCUGGUGCUUUUGUGUACAUUCAUGUCGAAAAGAUUAUGGUUUGUAAGUGAUGGUAUUGGUUUUUUGUGUUUAUAAAGAGCCACAGGUAGACAUUUUUGAAAUUUUUAAUUCACCUUGCAAGAUCUAAUUUAAAACGUUGCAUUCACUAUUUAUAGUACUAGCAUUUCAUUCGUUUUCUUAUUCAAAUAUUCUGCAAUACGGGCCUUUGAUCAGCAGAUUCAGAGAUCGAAUUCUACAUGGUGUCAUGGUCAGCAACCUCGGACAUUUGGUAUUGAACCAGAUGUUAAUGGGAAAAGGAAUAUUUCAUUGUUUGAGGACGUGUUGGUCACAGGUCCCCAACGUACUACAAGCAGUCAAAACAUUUUUAUGUUCCUCCUUUUUUGUUUACUUCACUAUGUGAUAUGAUUUAGUUACAAGUUAUAACUGGGCACCUUUGUUGUGGUAUUAUUAUCACAAAAUCUUAAUUAUGUAAAUAAAAUAUCAGAAAAUAUGG